AACACCGGCGCCUGUUAUACAUUCAAAGUUCAGAUGAGUGUUGUUCAGCUGGGAAGUAUUGGGGCAAAAGCUUUUGCAGCUGUGAGGAUUUUGAACUGUAAAAGACAAACAACUGCACUGUCCUGCUGAAACGACAGUGAGCUUCAUGGUGGAUUGGCGAGCUGUCACCAUCUGAUUUGUCCCACAGUCAGCAUGGAGCUGUCACCCCCUCCUGUAGGACUGCAUGCAGAGUAUGCAGCGCUCUUCACCACUGACUGCCUCUGCUUUCUGUGUGAGCUGAUCUCCACCUUUGAUGAGGACGUGGAUCAGGUGGAGAGCUUCCUGGAGGCCAGACUUUGGAACAAGAUCUUCCUGUGGACACAGCAGAAGCUGGGUCUUCCUGCAGGCAGCAUCAAGGCCACGGUGCUGAUCGAGAACGUUCUGGCUGCCUUCGAGAUGGAUGAGAUUCUGUUUGAGCUGCGAGAACAUUCAGCCGGCCUCAACUGUGGCAUCUGGGAUUACUCCGCCUCCUUCGUCAACAAGUUUGGUCACCGCCGGGCUUUCCUCCUCCCCGAUCGCAGUAAAUACGUCAACAUGGAGAAGCAUUUCCUGCGUAGCUACAUGGAUCUCCUGGUGAAGACGUGCCAUCGGCGGGGGGCACUGGCCACGGGGGGCAUGGCUGCUGCUCUGCUGCCACAGGAUCUCCCCUCUGGCCCCCGCGAGGACGUGCUGGCUGCAGUGAAGAGGUGGAAGAUGCUGGAGAUCCGUGCGGGCGUGGACGGCUUCAUGGUGUACGAUCUGGAUCUGGUUGGACCCAUGCAGGAGCUCUUCCAGAUCCACACCGCUGGGGGAAACCAGCUGUAUGUGCUGCGGGAGGACGUCUGUGUGGCUGCAGAGGACCUGCUGUGCAUGCCUGCGGGAGGGGUCACCCUUUAUGGUCUGAAGCACAACAUCUCAGUCGGGAUCCUCUUCAUCAACGCCUGGUUAUCAGGUAAAGGACACUUCUUCUACAGAGGCCAGGUGGAAGACUCUGCCACAGCCGAGAUCUCCAGAUCACAGGUGUGGCAGUGGAUCCGCCAUCAGACCUGGCUGGAGGACGGCAGCAGGGUGGUGAACCGACGCCUCGUGACAGAGCUGAUCCAGGAGCUGCUGGUGGAGCUGAGGGCUGAAUGCCAGUCUGUCAGGUCUGAGCAGAGGCUGGACACGGCAGCAGCCAUGUUCCUUGAGGUGGUUCUCCAGAGAAACUUCCCAGAGUUCCUCACUUCCUACCUGAACCAGGACCACACGUUCCUGAGCUGGCAGAGCAGUGAACCAGAGUCGGCUCUGCAGCGAUCCAAACUGUGACGGCUCUCCUCUUUCUGAACACGUCUGCUUCCUGUAGGCAGGACCCAGUGACCCUUCACCGCUACCUCACCUCAGCCCUGCUGACCAACAAAGAGAUGAAAUAAAGUCAACUCAUCUGCAGUUUCCAUCCAGAUAAGGGACAGUUCUUCUUCCCUGCCUUUGGUGCUGAUGAACCUGAUGCUGUACUAGUUGUCUUCUCAGUUAUUAGUAAAUUAAAGGCUUAACCACUAAAA